UCUUGUCUAACUGUGUUUGCUCCGCCUACCUUUCUGUGUAGAUUCAUGAGCAUUCACAGAAAGGUAGGCGGAGCAAAGUAGGCGAUUAAACAAGGAUACAGAGGGGCCCAUAAGAUUGUCUUUCUCGUUUUUUCUUCUAUCGCUUCCAUUUACAGACUCGACCACCACCAAAACAAUUUGUUCUUAUCUGUCUAUGGCAGGACAUCAUGAAGUACAGUACAGAAAAGAGCGAAAACUCAACCAAAUAAAAUGAAAAUAAGUAGGCAUCGGAACCGAUAGACGUCACUAACGACCUCUGUUCAGCCUGGUAAAAUUACAUGUCCGUCGCAGAAUCACACUUUUGUGCAAAAAUGCCGCCUAGUUGGAUGGAUUGAUUGCGACUACGAUAGAAUUCGAUUCAGUUUGGACGUUGAAGAGCAAGGUACAAUCCGUACAAUGUAUACUAUGUAUAGCCGAAAGGAAACAAGGACUUAAGCAAAUGCUUAAGGCGAUGGAGGAUGUGGUUGUACAUACACGAAAACCGGACUCCCGCGGUGUUGCCAUUUCAUUCUCCACAUGGCUAGGUAUUAAAAAUCAAGCUAUAGACGAUCUGUGGAUAAGCAAAAGAGACGGUUUGAAGAAAGAAGUUAAAAUGAAGAAAGAAGAAAAAUUAGAUGUUGAAACUCAUUGUAAGAUAGCAUGCUGUUACAAAAGAAGUGAGAUACAGGAACCUAAAGUUGUUUUAAAGCACAAUAUCCUAUCUGAAAUUAGAUUACACAUCAAUCAAAAAGAUUGGAAUGCAGUCAAGAAUCUAUUGUUAGUAUUGCUUCAUAAUUCUACUGAUAUUGAACCAUUAAUAUGGCGUUAUACUUUUAUACUUACAUUAUAUAGUAAUAUUGAUAAUUUAUCUAACGUUGUUCAGUUUUUCAAGUCAUGUAUUGGUUGUCAACACUCUGACACAAAUUUGAUACUAAAAGAUAUACUAUUAUCACAAUUUGUGAAUAAAGAAAGCUAGUAUUUCAUUCAUACUGUAUUAUAUGUACGUCAUGAGUUAACCAGAUGGACGUGCAUUUUGAAGAUUUCAUGAUAGGUACUAUUCUUAUUUUCAAUAAUGACUAACGCAUGGUUUAGAUACAUAAAAAUGCGUGAGGUGAAUUUAAUAAUGAAGACUUUCCGUAUAAUAAUCAUGAGAAAAUUAAAUCCUAAAUAUGAGGAAUUUCAUUUCUAAUAUCUAGUGAGAUCUCCUUUUCUAUUCCUCAAUAUGUAUUCUUACUUUAUAACGUAUUAGCUUAACUAAUUUUUUGACAAAUUUUAUAAAGAAAUAGUGGGAGUAUUUUUUGACAUUGAAUUGUCACAACAUGACAAUGAACUGAUCUUGUACAGCUUAAAAUAUGAAUAAGAAAAAGCUCUACAAAAUAAGUAUUAUAUUAUAUAUGACAUGUAUUGUUUGUAAGUAAAUCAAAUGAAUGUACUGUUUUUGACCUUAUUUUCAAUAUUAUAGAACAUCUAAACGAA